GUGAAGAUCUAACUGAAGUGCUCUUUUGCUUAAGUUACUUGCUUAUAAAUGGUGUAGUGGGUGAUUUCAAAUGAAAUGGCUCAACCAGAUGUUGCUAAAAGCAGAACAAAUUGGUUGGCACAAUUUGGAUUAUAUCGAGACGAUGGAGAGGAGAAAAAACCUUCUAAUAAGUCAUGGAAACCAACUGUAGGACUCUACAUGAUCCUCGGUUGUUCUAUCCUCUUAAUAUUAGCGGUAUUUUUCAUCCUUCAAGAAUUAUUCGCCGAACGGCAAGAGAUCAUAGAAUUCCCAUCUUUCGAUCGCCCAACGAUUUUUCCCACUGAAAGCUCCUUCAAUACCACUGAAGAAUGGACUAAUACCACCGUUGAUCCUAAAAUUGGAGAGAAUAUGACAGAAAUUGUAUCAGAAAAGCUUGUUCAUUCUCCUAGUAAGUUUCUCAAACCUCCUCCGCCACCCAGAGAAACCCAUAGAAGAUCCAUUCAACCUCCUCGACCGUUUGAAUUUGAGCUACAUGAACCCCAUCCAUCAGCUUUCCAGAAGCCAAAUGUUACAGUGAGUCGAGUGAAUAACAUUCAGGACAUUCUUCAGCAACUGCGAGAGCCUCCUGAUCCUGGUUCUUCGAGAAUCAGGAGGGUACAUAUCUCAGGAAUGUAUCGGAGUCCUGUCAGGAUGCACCAUCGUCCUCCCCGAAGAACCACAAUAAUGCCGAUCACUAGAACAACUGAGAGAAAUUUCGAUUUCACUACAAGUGCACCAGAUCCUUUCUUCAACUAUAAACCACAUGCUCCCAGUGAUAUUAAUCUCAUGGCUACAAAGCAAUUCCGUUUUGCGCCAUACCUCUACAAGACAUCUCCUGGAUCCCGAGGGAACCAACAUCCAGCCUUCUACCACUAUGCUACGGAAAGUAGUGGAGACAUUUCCAGCAUCUACCAGGAUCUUAUAACAGCUGACAAGAAUCGAGGAAAACUUGGAGGAAGUCGCGAUGAGAAUCAGAAUAAUCUCAAAAAGCCCUUCAGCCUAAUGUUGGACAUCUAUCCAGUGAAGGAUGAGGAAGAGUAUAAGACUUCACCAAGUUUAACCAGGAAACCCUAUGUGAACGGAUUGGAUACUUCAUCCUACUACAGUACCAUGAACUUCCCGCAAAUUCCACAGAAUCAUCAAACUACUCACAGUGUCUACCACAAUAUGUACUAUAGAGGUCCAUUUGGAACUACUAGGGAUCAUCAUUGGGUUUAUCCUGAUCCUAUCCCUACGGAAGAUACCAUCAACAAGCCCAGUCAGAUGAUUGUGCACCUCAAUCUCUAUCCGAAGAAUAAGAAAAGAUUGGGCAGAAUUGAUUCAGCAGCUGAUAAGAGAGCAUCUUCUAAUGAAGAGAAUACACCUAAAGACACAUUCCAGCCCAUCAGGCCAAAGGUCUUCUACAACUCACGACCCCUCGAUGAACAGGAAGACCCAGACUUAGGUAUAGGGACUGCUGUAGAGAUUCCCAAAACUAUCACCCCAUACUCCAGCACUACCAUUUACUAUCCAAACUCUACGUCUUACGUAGAAAUCGUAAGAUCUGUGGAUUUAACUCCAUCUUCAACUCCUUCGCCCUACCCAGGAAAUCGUCCUAUUGUCGUCUAUCCAAAGUCCGAACAUGACAAUCACCCGAAUUAUCUUCAUCCACGUGCAACUCUUCCACCGGAAAUGCCCAAAGAAGACUUCACCUUUACCAGUGUCAGUGACGAAAGCAAAGUACACAAUUCCCAGCAGCCCGACAAUCCUAUGGUAGUCAGGGCACAUGGAGCCAAUAAAAUUCACGAUCCGAGGUUUAAUGAAGGGUUCAACCCUUCAGAGCAGUUUGAGAAUUUUGAUGUACCACCAAGAGAUCUUAUAAGAUUCGAUUCUAGAGACGCAAUCCAGAUGCAUUAGGAAUGGUCAGUGUAAAAUUCCUUCUCUUCUCGGGCAUUACCUUCCAUAUCCAGCAAUUGUUGUACAAGAAAUGUGUUUUAGGCAAUUAUUAAUAAAGUUUUCAUUUUUAA